ACCGUCCCGUCCUCUCCCUGUCCCGUCUCCCGACCCGUACGCUUUUCCUCAACUCGCGCGCACGAAUGGUUAAAAAAAAAAAAAAAAAAAAAAAAGGGUGUGAGGCUCGAGCCCGCCAGCCAGGCCUCCAGCACCUAGCGCGCGCCCUCAGCGAGGACCCGCGCGAGCUGCCCGUGACGCUGCCUGCGCUGUUUGAAACUGCAGAACCCGUUAGGAUCUUGGGGAAACUACCGUUCCAGCUGGUUCCCGAGCCCGUGCGUACCAGGGGGGCGAGCGGCGGUCGCGAGGCGGCUGCUGCCUUUCGCGUCUCUGCAGCGUGGAGACUAGAACCGGCACUUUCGAAGGACGCCACCUCCAAUCGCGGUGCUGGCGCGGGCGGAGGCUAAAACACGGGGGUCCUGAGAAUAUGAUUGGUGAUUACAACAUCCUUAUAUAAAUUAUUUCUUGUCAACUCCUUGGGAUUUGAAGAGAAAAUGCCUGGUGUCAUACCUACUGAAAGUAAUGGGCUUUCAAGAGGUAGCCCAUCAAAGAAAAACAGACUUUCCUUGAAGUUUUUUCAGAAAAAGGAAACUAAGAGAGCCUUGGAUUUCACAGAAUCUCAAGAAAAUGAAGAAAAGGCUUCUGAAUAUAGAGGAUCUGAAAUUGAUCAAGUUGUUCCUGCAGCACAGUCCUCCCCUAUAAACUGUGAGAAGAGAGAAAACUUGUUACCAUUUGUGGGACUGAAUAAUCUCGGCAAUACUUGUUAUCUUAAUAGUAUACUUCAGGUAUUAUAUUUUUGUCCUGGUUUUAAAUCUGGAGUGAAGCACUUAUUUAACAUUAUUUCAAGGAAGAAAGAAGCCCUAAAAGAUGAAACCAAUCAAAAAGAUAAGGGAAAUUGCAAAGAAGAUUCUUUGGCAAGUUAUGAACUAAUAUGCAGCUUACAGUCCUUGAUCAUUUCAGUUGAACAGCUUCAGGCUAGCUUUCUCUUAAAUCCAGAGAACUACACUGAUGAACUUGCUACUCAGCCAAGGCGACUGCUUAACACACUCAGGGAACUCAACCCUAUGUAUGAAGGAUAUCUACAGCAUGAUGCACAGGAAGUAUUACAGUGUAUUUUGGGAAACAUUCAAGAAACAUGCCAACUCCUAAAAAAAGAAGAAGUAAAAAAUGUGGUAGAAUUAUCUACUAAGGUAGAAGAAAAACCUCAUCAGAAAGAGGAAAUGAGUGGUAUUAACAGCAUAGAGAUGGACAACCUGAGGCAUUCUGAAGACUAUAAAGAAAAACUCGCAAAAGGAAAUGGGAAAAGAAAAAAUGACACUGAAUUUGGUAACAUGAAGAAAAAAGUGAAAGUAUCUAAGGAACAUCAGUCAUUGGAAGAGAACCAGAGACAAACCAGAUCAAAAAGGAAAGCUACUGGUGAUACAUUAGAGAUUCCUUCUAAAAUAAUCCCCAAGUAUGUUUCUGAAAAUGAAAGUGCAAGACCCUCACAAAAGAAAUCAAGAGUUAAAAUAAAUUGGUUAAAGCCUGCAGCUAAGCAACCCAGCAUUCUUUCUAAAUUCUGUAGUCUGGGGAAAAUAACAACCAACCAGGGAUCCAAAGGACAGUUGAAAGAAAAUGAAUAUGAUCUUGAAGAGGACUUGGGGAAGUGUGAAAAUGAUAACACAACUAAUGGUUGUGAACUUGAGUCUCCAGGGAAUAAUGUUAAGCCUGUUAAUGUUAAUGAAGUUAAGCCCAUAAACAAAGGUGCAGAGCAAAUUGGUUUUGAGCUAGUAGAGAAAUUAUUUCAAGGUCAGCUGGUAUUGAGGACUCGUUGCUUAGAAUGUGAAAGUUUAACAGAAAGAAGAGAAGAUUUUCAGGACAUCAGUGUACCAGUACAAGAAGAUGAGCUUUCCAAAGUAGAGGAGAGUUCUGAAAUUUCUCCAGAGCCAAAAACAGAAAUGAAGACCCUGAGAUGGGCAAUUUCACAGUUUGCUUCAGUGGAGAGGAUUGUAGGAGAAGAUAAAUAUUUCUGUGAAAAUUGCCAUCAUUAUACUGAAGCUGAACGAAGUCUUUUGUUUGACAAAAUGCCUGAAGUUAUAACUAUUCAUUUGAAGUGCUUUGCUGCUAGUGGCUUGGAGUUUGAUUGUUAUGGUGGUGGACUUUCCAAGAUCAACACUCCUUUACUGACACCUCUUAAAUUGUCACUAGAAGAAUGGAGCACAAAGCCAACCAACGACAGCUAUGGAUUAUUUGCAGUUGUGAUGCACAGUGGCAUUACCAUCAGUAGUGGGCAUUACACUGCUUCUGUUAAAGUCACCGACCUUAACAGUUUAGAGCUAGAUAAGGGAAAUUUUGUGAUCGACCAAAUGUGUGAAAUAGGUAAGCCAGAACCAUUGAAUGAGGAGGAAGCAAGGGGUGUGGUUGAAAAUUAUGAUGAUGAAGAAGUGUCAAUUAGAGUCAGUGGAAAUACACAGCCAAGUAAAGUUUUGAACAAAAAAAAUGUAGAAGCUAUUGGACUUCUCGGAGGACAAAAGAGCAAAGCAGAUUAUGAGCUAUACAACAAAGCAUCUAAUUCCGAUAAAGUUGCCAGUACAGCAUUUGCUGAAAAUAGAAAUUCCGAGACUAACAAUACUAACGGGACCCAUGAAUGUGAUACAAACAAGGAAUCGAGUGACCAAACAGGCAUUAACUUUAGUGGAUUUGAGAACAAAAUUUCAUAUAUAGUGCAAAGCUUAAAGGAGUAUGAAGGGAAGUGGUUACUUUUUGAUGAUUCUGAAGUAAAAGUUACAGAAGAGAAGGACUUUCUGAAUUCUCUUUCCCCUUCUACAUCUCCUACAUCUACUCCUUAUUUGCUAUUUUAUAAGAAAUUAUAGAGUGAGUAUUUUCCUUAUGUAUAUAUUAAACAGACCUGGACAAAAGCUGGUAAAGUUGAUUACAUCAAAGAGUCUAGCUUAUCUUUUGAAGCUAUUGGUUAUUAUUGGUCUCUCUAGGUUUUUAUAUAGUGAAAUUUGAAUUACUGAAAACCAUGUUAAUUUUUAGAAUUCAUUUCUCAUAGUAGAGACUAGUGAUGCAUUAGCUUCUGGAAAUAAACUUGUAUAGGUUCUUAAUUAUUCAAAUGGAAAGCAUUUAAACACUUUUGAAUUUACACCUAUCUUUGUGUUUGCUUUUUAAAAUAAAGUGCUUGUAUUUGUAUCUCCAUACUUUGGAGUAAUUAUAUGAUGUUUAUAGGUCCUGUGUUUUUUCAGCUAAGAAGCAGAAUCUCAUUCAGUACAUUUAGUUUUAUAAGUCAUGAAGCCAAAUCUUUAAUGGGUUGUAUUUAGAGGCACAAAGUCUGGAAUAUGUGUGUAUGCACAGUAGUGUAUAUUUUGUGCCUUGAAUCACUUUGAAAAGUCUCAGAAAACCUGGACAGCUAGUCCCCUUUUAUCUUCACAAGAAUUUUAUAUGUAUUUAUGAAAAUGAUUCUGUAUUCUAGUAAAUCUUCUUGGGCAUGGACUAAUUUGUAUCUCUUCAUAGUCAUAUUCUGCACGAUCUGUAUAUAUAGUAUAUCAAAUUUAGAGCUGUGACCUUAAGUUUAACUUUUUUUUAAAAACCAGGAGGUCAAUAAAAUUUAAACUGCUUAACAACUA